AUCAUUGACAUCAAUGACAUCAUAUCAUCAGCAGUUGUUGUGAUUGUGAUCAUCAGGCCCCUGGCCCAGACUCCUAAUCUAAUUUCUACAUUAACAGGAUUUGACUACCUUAUAGGUUCUUAAAAGGAAUGUUAUUUUGUUAAUAUAUAUGUAUAUAGUGCUUUCACAUCAAAAUGAUUGAAACUUGUUCAAAGAAAUGUAUGUUAUUCGGGACCGUCUGUUUAGGAGUCUUGACGAUAGUUGUGCUAAUAUUAGAGUCUCAUUUAGCAGACUCAAUGUCGGGCAGUUAUAAAAUGAAGAAUAAGACUUUCCCUACUGAAAAUAACUCAACAUGUUGGAUACAUCAACCGUACUCCAUCAUUAGUGAAUGUCAUCCUUGUUCAGAUUUCGAAAUCCGAAGUAAGAGUAUAGGAGUAUGCAUACACACGAGUUUCAAAGAGAUUUUGAAAUGUGAGAAUGGUGAAACUGUGACUAGGAGUUGUGACAGAGUUGCCUAUUUAGAGGAAAGGGCCUACUGGAAGUUCACAAUCUGGUCAUUUGCCAUCGGUGCGGCAUCUUCAACUGCAGUCAUGUUACGAUUGCGAGUACUCAACUACCAAGCGAAACGACGAGCUAGACAAGUUCUAAGCAAUGGGGCUAUUUAAGUUUCUAGGGACUGAAUGGAUGUUGACUAAGGUUCACUUCCAAGUAUAAGCUAGCCUGACCUGUGAUCCUAAAGAAAUAACUACUAUAUUUCAAGUCUAAUUUCAUGAUAAUGUUAUUAUCAUGAAAUGACUAGCUUUUGUUAUGUAAUGAUGCUAACUGUUCAAAAAAGGCUAUGAUUGUAAAAAUGGUGACUGAUCCAUAGUUUGCCAAAUUGAGACAGUGAGAUUAUGUUGAUUUUUUUACAUUAAUCACAGUAUUGUCAUAACAGUUUGCAUAAUAUUAAAAACCAUAUAAAAAUGUUAAAUAAAUAUUUAUUCUUCAAACAGUAUUUUUAACAGUUCACUUAUAACUUUAACAUUAACACUGUUGCCUAGCAACCGAUAACAUUGUUUCAAUGAUGUAUUUGUGGGGAAACUGUAACUUUGUGGGAAGGACAUUAACAUUAGGACCUCUUUAGGGGUAAAAUAUCUCAGCUUCAAUUCCUUCAUUGAUUCAACAUAGUCAUCACUGCCAACCUCACUUAGAUUAGCUUUUUCAUAACAUUUUUGAACCAUUUCUGGACUUUUGUCAGUGUAAACGGACCCUGUCCCUUCACUGUAGUGUGUGUAAGCUUUAGUGAAGCAACAAGAUCUUUUAGAAGUUCUGUGACAGAUGUCCAGCACAUUACCAUGUUUUAACUUUUUGUCUGGUAACAAAUACUUUUCAUGAACAUCAUCUUCUAUUAUUGUUUGUAGGGAAAAUGGCAAUCCAUAAUCCUUAGGCAGCUGUGAUAUCUGAAAUGAGACAAAAAAUAUUUU